AUGCUGCCGUCAGUGGCACACCAGCCUCUCCAGUUCCUCCCGCACCGCCAUACUCAGUCCGUUUACUCAGCCAAUACUCCUUACGAACUCCACGGACAAGGCAUACAUUCUUUCCAGGAUGACUUCCAAAUCUCACAAUACGCCAACCACGGGCCAUCCUCUUUGAUCAGAGGGAGCAGGACGCAUUGCCCACGACCAAUCCAGCGGCCUGAGAUACACAGCCUGUCAGAUGGCCGAUUACCCGGCAGUUCUGCCUCGCAAGAGAAUACGUUACGACGGAAAACACCCAAUGGUACUCUUGCUGCCGGCUACGAUGCUACUCCUGGAGAUAGGUCUAUUCAGCAGCCUGCUACCAAACACAUUCUCGUCUCCUCGCUCGAUAAUAGCCAGAUAAUGCCCCAACCUGGCCUCUCCCUCGAUCCUCUACAGCAAUUUAAGACCGUCGAACCGCUACCUCUUUCGCAGCACCAAAAUUUUCCUCCCGCGUUCAAGCAAGAUGCAAAUAGAAUAAAUACUGUGCACAACGGUAUACCACAAGACUUUCCAAACACUAACUGGAUUAGAUCUCUAAAUCCCCCUCAAGGAGGCAUCGACUCGGUUUUAAAUCAGGCCUCCAGCUUAUCUACAGGUCAGAGGUAUAACUACUGGCAGAACCUGCCCACAGUUCCCACAGUGCUUGCGUCCUCUUUUCAACCUGGCCUCGGGAGCCCUGAGUCCGCCGCUACAGCGCAGUAUGGCCAAUACUGGCCUGACGGGCCAUACAUGCCACCGUACCGACCUGCCACUUUUGGAGAUACGAGAUAUCAAUCUACCCCGUCAUUAGGACAACACUCGCUGCCCACUAAUAACAGGCUCGCAGACGCUCAAUCACUUUUUAACAGACAAUCUCUCCCCCCUUCCGAAUUUCUUGCACCAGGCUUCUCCUGGAACCCACUCCCAGCCCAGUCAGCUAUAAACGCGCAACAGCAGCAUCAAGUUUAUGCUCACGACCUCUCAAGACCGCAACAACAUUAUGCUCCCAGUCAUAUCCCUCAAAAGGCGCCCGAUCAAAUCUGGGAUCAACCCCAGUUGCAGUAUGGGCCAUCACUUCCUUCAAAACAUGAUGUACAUCAUUUGGAUUCGGUUGACUCUUUACGUUGGCAACAAACUUCACGGAAUGGCUUGCAUCCAUCUACAUCCAACGUUGCCAGAUCGCCGAGGAACCCUGAGUUCAAAGAGAAGACCCUCUCAUGGGCUCAUAGCGUUUACGUCGAUCUUCUUGCAUCGUUGCAUAAUGCCAGGAAGAAAGCCAGUCAGGGUGCAGAUUCCCAGUCUCGCGAGCCUCUCAAACCUAGCAUAUACCCUAAACCCCCAAGGCAACCAGCCUCCGACUUCUCACAUUCCGAAAACAUGGCCAGAAAACCUAAGAGUCGCGAUCCACAAGUCCAGGCCAUGAACAUGCACCCGCAACGAAGCCAUUCCAUCCACCUAGAUCAAUCCGUGGGUGGAUUUUUCGACACAAAGAGACACCCUGCCCACAGGCAAUUCCCAUCCAUUGAUGAUUCCGCUCAGUUGAGGCAUCUAAAUCAGCCCUUCGAUCAUGGAAUGUCUUCUGACAUGUCGAUGAAUGGAUAUCGGACGAUCCGGCGUAGUCAUGGGGCUUCGAUGUCUCGUAUGUUCAGCCCUGCGCACGAAGCAAUGUCGAUAUCUGAAAAGGCUGUUUCUGCUUUGGAAAUGCUUGGUAGUCUCUGCAAGGAGAGUGGCUGGACAUGGAUCGAUGGAAUGCUCAUUGGUGGCUGCCUUGCCUAUGGCCUAGGUGACUAUAACAGAGCUCUGCGUUGGUAUAACCGAGUUAUCAACCAAGAUUCUACGCACGUUGAAGCAAUAUCCAAUCUUGCUGCCUCGCUUCUUGCUUUGGAACGUCGAGAAGAAGCUCUUCAGCACUGGUUGCGAGCUAUAAAAUUACGCCCAUGCUACUUUGAUGCUGUCGAACAUCUCAUCGGAUUGUUAUGCAGCAGUCAGCGAGGGAGGGAAGCUGUCAAUAUCGUUCAAUAUGUUGAAAAUUCUUUAAGAUUACCACCAAGCGGUGACUAUUUCAAGUCUAAUCGUGCCUGCGAUCAGUCCGAUACGGAGUCAGAAGAUAGGGAAUCCAGU